UGUACAUGACAGAACAUUUACUCUCGACCCUCUUCUAACCACACCCAAGUAUGAGUUUCUGCAAGGACUGCAUCCAAGGCGUACGUCACGAGGGUAAGCCUUCAGGAACACUCGAGACCAUCGCCGGUGUCGCUUGCUACGUCGCCACCCCCACCAUUGAGUAUUCCAAGGAAAAAGUCAUCCUUCUCCUACCGGACGCCUUCGGUAUCGAGCUCGUCAAUGCCCAGCUCCUCGCUGAUGACUUUGCCAAAAAUGGCUUCAAGGUCGUUGCGAUCGACUACUUCAACGGCGAUGGUCUUCCCGCUGAUAGAGUCUUGAACGAUAAAGCCUUCGACUUCAGAGGAUGGCUUGCCACACAUGGCACUGAGGUCACCCGUCCGCCACUCGACAAGGUCAUCGCUGCGCUCAAAGAGGAAGGCGUCACCAAGUUCGGAGCUACCGGUUACUGCUUCGGCGGUCGUUACACUUUUGACCUUGCAUUCGACAACAUCAUCCAAUGCGCCGUCGUCUCUCACCCCUCGCUUUUGGAUCUCCCGGACGACCUCGAGACAUACUUUGCCAAAGCAACAGCACCUCUCCUGAUCAAUUCAUGCGAGAACGAUAGGUUGUUCCCGGCUGAAGCCCAAGCAAAGGCCGAUGAGAUUUUUGGGGAUGGGAAGUUUGCUCCAGGGUACAGGCGUGAGUACUUUCCUGGAUGCACGCAUGGGUUUGCCGUCCGUGGAGAUUUGAGCGACCCACUGGUCAAGGCUGGGAAAGAGGGAUCGUUCAUGGCUAGCGCAGAGUUCUUCCUGGAGCACUUGUGA